AAAAAGAAGCUACAGGUGUUACAGUGAGAGUUGAGAGACGAGUCUGUGCCUGUGCACUUAACUUCAACAACAAUAACACUCUCAAGUCUUCUUCACACACUUCCAUUUCUGAAUUCACUUGCUAUGAAAAUUUGAAAAUGAGGAAUCAAACGCUGCGUUUCGCAUUCCUUCUCCUUCUUUGUUCCUCCGUCUUCUCCUGGAAGAAAGAAGAGUUCAGAAACUGCAAUCAAACCCCAUUCUGCAAACGAGCUCGAUCUCGCACACCUGGUUCCUCCGACCUCAUCGCCACCCACGUCGCCAUCACCGACGGCGAUCUAACCGCAAACCUAAUCCCUAAAUCCCAAUCCGAAUCAAAUCCCAAACCCUUGAUCCUCACCCUAUCCGUUUACCAAGACGGAAUUCUCCGUCUCAAGAUCGAUGAAGAUUCUUCCCUUAACCCUCCCAAGAAACGCUUCCAAGUCCCUGAUGUAGUCGUUUCGCAAUUCUCCAACACUAAACUCUGGCUUCAACGCCUCACUUCCGAAGAUAUUAACGGUCUUUCUUCCGCUGUUUACCUUUCAGACGGUUACUCCGCUGUUCUCCGUCACGAUCCAUUUGAACUCUUCAUCCGUGAUGAUAACUCCGGCGACCGUGUAAUUUCCCUAAACUCUCAUGGUUUAUUCGAUUUCGAACAGCUUAGAGAGAAAAACGAAGAUGAAAACUGGGAAGAGACUUUCCGGUCUCACACCGAUAAAAGACCAUACGGUCCUCAAUCGAUUAGCUUUGAUGUAUCGUUCUAUGAUGCUGAUUUUGUUUACGGGAUUCCUGAACGCGCUACAAGCCUCGUGUUGAAACCUACCAGAGGACCUAAUGUGGAAGAAUCGGAACCUUAUAGGCUUUUCAAUUUGGAUGUUUUUGAAUACAUUCACGAAUCCCCUUUUGGACUCUAUGGUUCGAUUCCGUUCAUGCUUUCUCACGGGAAAGCGAGGGGUACUUCUGGGUUUUUCUGGCUCAACGCUGCAGAGAUGCAAAUUGACGUUCUUGCCCCUGGUUGGGAUGCUGAGUCAGGGAUUUCGCUUCCUUCUUCACAGAAUAGGAUUGACACGAUGUGGAUGAGUGAAGCUGGUGUGGUUGAUACAUUUUUCUUUGUUGGUCCUCGGCCUAAAGAUGUUUUGAGACAGUAUGCUGCGGUAACCGGACCUUCGGCGCUGCCUCAGAUGUUUGCAGUGGCUUAUCAUCAGUGUCGGUGGAACUAUCGUGACGAGGAGGAUGUUGCGAAUGUGGAUGCCAAAUUUGACGAAUAUGAUAUUCCUUAUGACAUUUUGUGGCUUGAUAUUGAGCAUACUGAUGGGAAGAGGUAUUUUACUUGGGAUAGGGUUCUUUUCCCUAAUCCUGAGGAGAUGCAGAGGAAAUUGGCGGGUAAAGGGAGGCACAUGGUUACCAUUGUGGAUCCUCAUAUUAAGAGAGAUGAUAAUUAUCAUUUGCAUAAGGAGGCAUCUGAGAAAGGGUAUUAUGUUAAGGAUUCCAGUGGGAAUGAUUUUGAUGGUUGGUGCUGGCCCGGUUCUUCGUCUUACGCCGAUACUUUGAGUCCUGAAAUUAGGUCCUGGUGGGCUGAUAAAUUUUCUUAUCAAAGUUAUGUUGGUUCAACUCCUUCGCUUUACAUAUGGAAUGAUAUGAAUGAACCUUCUGUCUUCAAUGGUCCCGAGGUGACAAUGCCUAGAGAUUCUUUACACUAUGGAGGUGUUGAACAUCGAGAGUUGCACAAUGCCUAUGGGUAUUACUUUCACAUGGCAACAGCUGAGGGGCUAGUGAGGCGUGGUGAAGGGAAAGACAGACCAUUUGUUUUGUCAAGAGCAUUGUUUGCUGGAAGUCAAAGGUAUGGAGCAGUUUGGACCGGUGAUAACACUGCCGAUUGGGAUCAGCUUAGAGUUUCUGUUCCAAUGGUUUUGACCCUUGGUCUUACUGGGAUGUCAUUCGCUGGUCAGUAUCAUCCUUCUUAUGGUGGAUUGAUUAUUUUGUUGUUCUUCUUCACAUAUUCACAGAUAGUGUACUACUUUGCACAAGUCAGCAUUCUCUGCUCAGAUGAUGACCAUCAUGUAAAUUAUGCAGGUGCUGAUGUUGGUGGGUUUUUUGGGAAUCCGGAACCUGAGUUAUUAGUCCGCUGGUACCAGUUAGGAGCUUUCUAUCCUUUCUUUAGGGCCCAUGCCCAUCACGAUACAAAAAGACGAGAACCAUGGUUGUUUGGAGAACGGAAUACAGGAUUAAUUAGAGAUGCUAUACAUGUUCGUUAUGCACUUCUACCAUAUUUCUACACAUUAUUCAGGGAGGCUAAUACUACUGGCAUUCCUGUGGCUCGUCCAAUAUGGAUGGAAUUCCCAUCUGAUGAAGCUACUUUUAGCAAUGAUGAAGCUUUCAUGGUUGGGAACAGUAUUUUAGUGCAAGGGAUCUAUACCGAGCGUGCUAAGCAUGCAUCAGUCUAUUUGCCUGGAAAACAAUCCUGGUAUGACCUAAGAACUGGAACUGUGUACAAGGGAGGGGUGACACACAAGUUGGAGGUUACAGAGGAGAGCAUUCCCGCUUUCCAGAGAGGUGGAACCAUUCUAACAAGGAAGGACCGCUUUCGGCGAAGUUCCACUCAGAUGACAAAUGAUCCCAUCACUCUGGUUAUAGCUCUGAAUAGUUCCCAAGCAGCUGAAGGUGAACUGUACAUAGAUGAUGGCAGCAGUUUUGGUUUUCUAGAAGGUGCCUUUAUUCAUAGACGAUUUAUAUUUGCAAAUGGGAAACUUACAUCGGUAAAUCUGGCACCUAUUUCUGGUGGCAAUGUUCGUCAUACAUCAGAUGUUGUCAUUGAGAGGAUCAUCCUGCUAGGACAUGCUCCUGGCUCAAAGAAUGCUCUGAUUGAACCCUCAAAUCAGAAAGUUGAUAUAGAACUUGGGUCGCUUUGGGUUCAAAGGGAACGUUCGCCAGUUUUCAUGACCAUACGAAAACCAAAUGUCCGUGUUGCAGAAGACUGGUCCAUCAAAAUUUUGUAAUUGGUAGUGCAAAAUAAUCUGGUUAUUUAGUUGAGUUGAACUGCAAAAGUUAGGGUAAGGAAAAAAAAGUCUUGAAGAAUGCCUGUGCACAAAUACAUUUUAAGCUGCUUGUUUAAUGACUUAUGAUUUGAGAUUGAGAUAUGUAUGCUUGGAAGGCACGACUUCAAUUUAGCCUACGGAAUUAGUUUGACAAAGAUAGUUUUUAUCA